ACCUACCUACUUGCAGGAGGGAUGCUGCAGUUCUCCUCCGAGUCACCAGGUGACGCUAGUCAUCACUUGCUUUCUGUUUCCGCUCCUCGCUGAAAUCCCGUGCCGCUCUUCUAAAAGACAUCGGUCUCGCGAGGUUUGUCGAAACUUACCGAACCGGAAGCAAAGCGUCGCCCUUUCCCUUUUGCGGCCAUCGCUGGAGUUGCAGCCGCCAAAAUGAAGUUCAAUCCUUUUGUGACUUCGGACCGAAGCAAGAACCGCAAAAGGCAUUUCAAUGCACCGUCGCACAUUCGCAGGAAGAUUAUGUCCUCCCCUCUUUCCAAAGAGCUGAGACAGAAAUACAAUGUUCGAUCUAUGCCCAUCCGAAAGGAUGAUGAGGUUCAGGUUGUGCGAGGACACUAUAAAGGUCAGCAGAUUGGCAAAGUGGUCCAGGUUUACAGGAAGAAGUACGUCAUCUACAUCGAACGGGUGCAGCGGGAGAAGGCAAAUGGCACAACUGUCCAUGUGGGCAUUCACCCCAGCAAGGUGGUCAUCACCAGGCUAAAACUGGACAAAGACCGCAAAAAGAUCCUGGAACGGAAAGCCAAGUCUCGCCAAGUAGGAAAGGAAAAGGGCAAAUACAAGGAGGAGACCAUUGAGAAGAUGCAGGAGUGAAGUCUGUGUAACCUUGAUUAAAGCCUGCUCCCAGGAA